AUGGGAACCAAAAGAACAGCAAGCAGCAUGUACAAGAAAUCGAAUCCCAUGCUCGCCGCCGCAACGCUCAAGAGCGCCGCAGCCAUCGGAAAGCCAAGUGCCUCUCCCUCGAAACCUGCAGCCAAACCUCUCUCAAAGAAACACACUAUCCCCUCUUCUGACGCUUCUUCAUCACCCUCUGAUGAAGACGAAUCUUCCCCCUCUGACUCAGGGCCCCCACGCAAGAAAGUCAAGAUCGCCACCGAAGAAAGUUCGUCUUCCUCAUCCUCCGGCACGGCAUCCCCAUCAAAGACGACCAGACUCGCAAUCCAAGAACAUUCAUCUUCAUCUUCUAGCUCUUCCAAAGAUGAAGAUGAAGACGAAGCCCCAAUCGAAAUCCCAUCUACUGGCGUUGACUCAGCCGACGACGACUCCUCAAGUUCAACCUCCAGCGAUGAUGAGAGCGAGAGCAACCUCGAUCCUGGCAUCACCAAGUUCAUUGAGAAGAAUAGGGGUAAGAAGUUGGUUAUUCGAGAGGAGGAUUUGAGACGUGCUGUUGGUAUGGCUGGUGAGAAGAAAGAGAACGUUAAGCCGAAGCUCGAAAAGACUCACAAGCGCUUUCUCGAUAUGUUUGCCGAGCCUGUCACACCUGAUCAUGUUGCGGGCACCAAGCAUCUCAAGGAGGCCGACGAGUUCUUGGAGAAACUAGGAGGUGAGAUUCUAAAUGGAGGCGUGAAGGAGAAGAAUGAGAAGGAGAUCAAGAAGGCGGACAAGAAAAAGAGCAAGGAUAAGGAAAAGGACGACACGCCCCACGGUCUCAAUUCGCCUUCUUUCUUCAAGCCUACGCCCUCGAGUCUUGAGGUUACUAAAGAAGAUUUGAAUAAGGAUAGACAGCUUAAGAUCAAGCAAGGCUUUGGUGUCUUCAAAAAGUGGGAUGGCAUUGAGGAUUGA